AUGGGGAAAGGCAAGGGGCGGGAACUCGCCAGGGGCGUGGGCCAGAGGGCCGCCGGCGCGUCUUGGGUGCUGCGGGACUUGAGUGAGUCUCGGUCGGAUAUUGUUACCGGACCGGAUCGAGGCCGUUCCGUCAGUGUUUUCGGACGCCCAGCGGUCGCGGCUUCUUGGGCCGAUCUUCAGCUGGCACAAUUACAGGCCGCGCAGCAGCAAAGGAUGAAUGGAGCUCUGGGAAAGGCGCUGUGUCUGAGGAAUGACACCAUUUUUAAGCAAGCCUUUUCCCUCUUGAGGUUCAGAACUUCAGGAGAGAAUCCCAUCUGUUCUGCAGGUGGCAUUCUGCUGAGCAUCAGUCGGCACUACAGGUCACAGCCCACGCAUGGCAUUGGAAGAUACAAGCACCUAGUUAAAGCACAAGAGCCCAGGAAGAAGAGGGGAAAAGUGGAAGUGAGACCCAUUAAUUUGGGGACAGAUUAUGAAUACGGGGUUUUAAACAUUCACCUGAUUGCAUACGAUAUGGCCCUGGCAGAGAGUUAUGCCCAGUAUGUUCACAACCUCUGCAACCAUCUCUCCAUUAAAGUCGAGGAAAGUUAUGCGAUGCCCACCAAAACCGUGGAGGUGUUGCAGUUGCAGGAUCAAGGCAGGAAAAUGCUCCUGGACUCAGUUCUUACCACCCAUGAGCGAGUGGUUCAGAUCAGCGGUUUGAGUGCUACAUUUGCAGAGAUUUUCUUGGAAAUAAUCCAAAGCAAUCUUCCUGAAGGAGUCAAACUGUCAGUGAAGGAGCACACUGAAGAAGACUUCAAAGGAAGGUUCAAAGCUCGGCCAGAACUGGAAGAACUGCUAGCCAAGUUGAACUAGCUCACUGUAGACCCUUUCAUGCCAGCACUGGUGACACUGAGUGGCAAUGGAAAGAGCUUCCUGGGUGGCCAAAGUUAAGAAGGAGACCCUGACCCUCAAUAUCAUAAGUACCCAUCUCCACAGCCAGGAGUGCCUCCUCUCCUCUGUGAAGGAGUGCUUGCCGACUGUCACCACUUUCCUUUGAGCCAACCCUAGGUAUCUUCCAUCUAAUAAAAAUCUGCUAAUGAUGGA